AUGGAAUUGGUUGGUGAUUGGCGUUUCCAAUGUGGCUGCCUAAGGAACGUGAGCAAUCCCCGCAUAGCACGAAGGGUGGCUCUGAAAAAGCGAAGAGAGAGAGAGAGAGAGAGAGAGAAUUUGGUGUGCGGAGGUCAUCGGAUUUCACCGCUCCAAUUCGCCGGAAUUUGGGAAUUCUGCUCACGUCCGGCUAGGGUUUCGCUUCAGCCUUCGCGCUUGGCUCCGGGCGUCGGGGUAAUUGGCGGUGUUAUUUGUUCGUUCGUCUGGAUAAGUGCCCUAAAUUCGGAAUUGGGAGGGUUUGCUUGGGGUGCUACUUCCGACCUUCAAUCUCGUUGCUCGAUCUGGGAAUUCUGGGUACGGAUGUUCACGCCGCAGAGGAAGGUGUGGUCCGGUUGGUCGCUGACGCCGAGGAGUGAGCCGGCGCAGAAGAACGGUUCCGGUGCUGGCGCCAACCCUAGUUCAAACCC